UAUAUAUAUAUAAAUACAAAACAAGAGUCUAGAGAGAAACAAUCUAGUUCACCAUUUUAAUCUUUGUUAUCUUCCAUUGUUUCUGUGAUGUAUAAAAUCUGGAACUAAUAUUCAUUUUUGUCUGUCUUAUAAAUAUAUAAUCAACCAUAGGAAUUACUACAAUUUAGAAGAAUAUAUUAGAUAGGUAGAGAAAAAGAGAGGGAGAGAGCAAAAAAAGAGGGUCUCUCUCACCCUCUCUUAUGCCUCCUUUCAUCAGAUCUUUCUAUAUUUCUUUUGGUCUGUAAAUACUUUUUUCUUUCUGGGUUUUCGAUCUUCUUACUCAUUCAUUCAUCAAAUUUGAUCUUCCAGAGGUUACAUGUUUGCUUUUUGAUUCAAUCCAAGACUGCCCAUUUACUCUCUGUUUCUAAAUAUCCAAGCUUUGUUUUGUUUCUUUUGCCAAGAAAUGGAAAUGGAGCUUGGAAAAUUGUUUAUUGGUGGGCUUUCUUGGGAUACGAAUGAGGAGCGUUUGAGGGAGUAUUUUCAAUCGUUUGGCGAAGUUAUGGAAGCUGUCAUAAUGAAAGAUCGCGCUACAGGGCGUGCCCGUGGCUUUGGUUUUGUUGUUUUUGCUGACCCUGCUGUAGCUGAGAGGGUUUUGAUGGAAAAACACCUUAUAGAUGGUAGACAUGUAGAGGCGAAGAAGGCAGUUCCUAGGGAGGAUCAGAACAUUAUGAACAGAAACAGUAGCAGCAGCUGCUUACAUGGAUCACCUGGUCCAGCUCGUACUAAGAAGAUAUUUGUAGGAGGUUUAGCAUCUACAGUCACAGAGAGUGACUUUAAGAAAUACUUCAGUCAGUUUGGGAUAAUUACUGAUGUUGUGGUUAUGUAUGACCACAACACUCAAAGGCCAAGAGGGUUUGGAUUUAUCACUUAUGAUUCGGAGGAAGCAGUGGAUAAAGUGCUCCGCAAAGUCUUUCAUGAACUCAAUGGUAAAAUGGUUGAGGUGAAGCGGGCUGUCCCCAAAGAACUGUCUCCUGGGCCAACUCGGAGCCAGUUAAGUGGGUAUAAUAACUACAGUCCAGGUAGAGUAGGCAGCAUCAUGAGUAGUUACACUCAGGGAUAUAAUCCGAAUGCAGCUGGAGGACUUGGUGUUAGAUUGGAUGGUAGGUUUAGUCCUGUUACUGUUGGCCGUAGUAACUUUUCUCCAUUAGGUCAUGGAUUUGGGAUGGGGGUAAAUUUUGAGCAAGGGCUGAGUUCUAGUUAUGGAGGAAAUCCAAACAUUAGUUCUAACCUGGUCUACGGGCGACUGAGUCCUUCAUAUAGUGGAAACUCAAACAAGUAUGAUAACCAUAUUGGGUAUAAUGGAAGCAAUGGUGGAAAUAGUUCCGUCUUGAAUCCAACAGCUCGAGCUUUGUGGGGUAAUGAAAGCAUUAUAAAUGCUUCAAGCUCCACAAACUCUAGCUUUAUGGUCUCUGGAACUGGGAACUCAGGAAUGAGUUCGUUUGGCAGUUUUGGAGGACUCUGGGGUUCCUCAUCUAGUUCCGGACAAAGUGGAGGUGCUGGCUCUGCUUUUAAUAAUGGCAGUCUUGGCUACAAUAGUGGUGAUAUCAGUGUUGGUCUUGGAGGGAUAGGGUAUGGAAGGAGCAGAGGGACAAGUGCUGCACCAUUUUCAUCUUAUACUGUAUCAGAUGACGCCUACGACAGACCUUAUUCAGACAUUUAUGAAAAUGCCUCAAUGUAUGGGGGAUCUGCUUGGCAAUCUUCACCUUUAGAGCUAGAAGGGUCUGCAUCUUUUGGCUUUGGGCUUGGAAGUGCAGCUUCAGAUGUUGUGACUAAAAAUUCUGCUGGUUAUGUUGGUGGUUAUAGUGUUUCAAAUAGACAAGCAAAUAGAGGAAUUGCAGCUUAGGAUGAUUGUGAUGUGAAUGUCAGGAGGAUAUAUUGUAGGUCUGAUGAAGCGGAUUUCGUACAUUUUCUUUGUCAAGAAUUCGAAGUUUAUAUGAGAAGUUGAUUAGAGCUAAUCGGUUCGCCUGUUUUGAUGAAUUUAUCACAGAAUGCACGAGGAAUUCCCUGUAAGGUUUGAGCGUUGAGUUUUUUUUCUUUCUGUUAUGAUAUAGGUUUUUUCGUUCUUGAAAUUCGAUUAUGAUGUAAAAUUGAUUUGCGGGGUAUACGCAGAAUUACUGUAUCAUUCAUCUUUGAUGACAGUGAUACAGCAAAGAAUUAACAUUUUCUUUUCUUUUA